GAAAAAAAGAGUUGCGGAGCGUGUGAGUCCUGAAGGGCAAAUACGAGACUGGAGAAAACGACCUUAACCAUAUCAAGGUGUAUUUCUCUCAUUCUUAUUUCAUAUAGGCGCAUGUGCUUUGCAUUGCGCGUGUUGACAGUGUAGAUUAUUUAUGUCGAACAUUUUAAUUAUAAGAUCUUGUGUCUGACAAGCAAAGCGUCAUCAUGGGUUUGGUGGGCAUGAUUUCUCUGGUGACCUACAGUAGCACGGGAUGCGCCGCACAAAGCGGGUCUGAAAUGCCAGACGGGAGACACAGAGACCUCCAGGAGGCUCUUAACAUCGAUUCUUGAGGAUACAUUUAUUUGUUACCGGAUAUUUUUCUUUGGACCAUAAGGACGUACUCUAGUGCCACCGGGAAUUUUGCUGCGAGGGAGCCGGUAUAACUGAAAUGCGCGGAAUGCAUGGAAAACUCUCCUGUAAAACAACAUAUAUCGGGAUUUAUUGUAGCUAGUUAUUUCUAAUAAAUACGCCCUACGACCAUCUUGAGCCUCUCAAAGGCCUGAUUUUAUACUCAAGGAGUCCGUGUUGCCUGUUUGUUCAUUUACCUACUUUAAAACUUAAGAUAUUUCAUUUUUGACUUUUUUUUUUCUCGUUAAGCCAUGACAGGGAUGACAAUUGCCUUGUUUUUUGAGAAUCUACUGAGUAAAUUGUCAUUGCUUGGAUUAAAGAUGUUGGAUUCGGAUGUGAAAGUGGAAUAAUCAUUCAUAGAGAAUUAACAACUGUGAGGACUGGACGUUGGACCUGCUAUAUAUUAUUUACACAACUAUUUCUGACUUUUCUUGGUGAACUCAAACAAUGGGGAUCAAGCUGAGAGUUAUUCUGGGAAUGUUUCAGUUCGUCUCACUUACCAGAAUACCAACACAAUGUGCCAAAACACCGUCAGACCACUGGAUGCCAACAGAGAGCCAUAAAUCUGGAGAAGUGGUGAGGUGGUUGGAUGUGUAUCAGAGAAGUGGAUGUCAUCCCAGAGAGACGCUGGUGGAAGUUUGGCGGGAGUUUCCAUGGGAGACACAUCACCUCUUCCUGCCGUCGUGUGUAACGCUGCGCCGCUGUGGAGGCUGCUGCUCCGAUGAGGCACUGGAGUGUGUGCCGUCACAAACACACACACUUGUAAUGGAGCUCAUGAGGACCUCAUACAUGAAGCAUGAACUUGUGCAGCUGCCUUUUAUUGAACAUAACCAGUGUGAGUGCAGGCUAAAAGCAAAUCUUUAUGCAGAGCCAACCAGGCAAGGCCCACAGACAACAAGAAAAGGUCAAAAGUGGCAAAGGGGGAAACCAAAGCGAAAGAAACACAUGGGGAAAAAGCCAUCUACUUCAGUAUGGAAUGCCAUAUUCAUUUACCAUGGACUCUUGUGCCAACUACACCCCCUCCUCCUCCCCCUCCCACUCUACCGCCUAGCUCCGCCCCUCCACCACCUGCCAGAGAGGCGUGUCCACCGUGUCCCACCCGCAGGAUGACAUCACAGCCUCCCUCUUGUGAAUGCAGGUGCAGUUUGAGGGAGGUGAGCUGUACAAAGAGAGGGAAGACACUUAACCA